GUAUGGGAUGAUAUUUUUGAUGACUUUAAUCAAUUUUUUCUAAAUAACAAAAAUCGUAAUAUUAAUGCAGUUAAAAAUAAAUGGAAAGACUUGAUAACUCGAUACAAAAAUGUUGUAGAUAAUAAUAAAAGAACUGGUGCAGAAAGAAUUGAGUGUGAUUUUAUGGAGGAUUUGGGUGAAAUUUUAGACAAAAAUCCUAGUGUAAAUCUGUUAAUAACAUCAAAAAAAAAUAUUAGUGUUCAAAAAACUAGUAAAAAAAGUAGAAAAAAAAAUGAUAAAGAUGAUGUUUUAGAAUAUCUUAAAAGAAGAGAGGAAAAAACUGAUAAAUUUAGAGAAAAUUUUUUAGAAACGGUUAAUAACUUCUUAAACAAAAUUUAA